ACAGCGUCAUUGCGCGUCGUUAGUACAAUACGCGCGGGAGCUUUGGUUACCAAACUUCUGUGAGAAGGAAGAAGUCAGCAGUAUUAUCGACAACAGCUUCUCUGUUGUCCAACCUCAGAUCAUGGCGAUGAGGAGUGAGGCCAGGGUGGAGGCAGAGGUAGAGGAGGAAGAAAACUUUGGGCCACAGCCUCUAUGCAGACUGGAGCAAUGUGGAAUCAGCGCCAGUGACAUCAAGAAACUAGAAGACGCAGGUUUCCACACCAUCGAGGCGGUGGCCUACGCACCCAAGAAGGAGCUGCUCAACAUUAAGGGCAUCAGUGAGGCCAAAGCUGACAAAAUAAUAACUGAAGCUGCCAAGCUGGUGCCGAUGGGCUUCACCACAGCUACCGAGUUCCACCAGAGGAGAGCCGAAAUCAUUCAGAUCUCUACAGGCUCCAAAGAGCUCGACAAACUCCUGCAGGGUGGGAUCGAGACGGGCUCCAUCACAGAGAUGUUUGGAGAGUUUCGGACGGGGAAGACCCAGCUGUGCCACACACUGGCUGUCACCUGUCAGCUGCCCAUUGAUCAGGGGGGUGGAGAAGGUAAAGCUAUGUACAUCGACACAGAGGGAACCUUCAGACCAGAGAGACUCCUCGCUGUAGCUGAGAGGUAUGGGCUGGUAGGCAGUGAUGUUCUGGACAACGUGGCCUACGCCCGAGCCUUCAACACAGACCAUCAGACACAGCUGCUGUAUCAAGCCUCUGCCAUGAUGGCUGAGUCCAGGUAUGCUCUGCUGAUAGUAGACAGUGCCACAGCUCUGUACAGAACAGACUACUCAGGCAGAGGGGAGCUGUCAGCCAGACAGGGACACCUGGGACGCUUCCUGCGCAUGCUGCUCAGACUGGCAGACGAGUUUGGCGUUGCCGUGGUGAUAACCAACCAGGUGGUAGCACAGGUGGACGGGGCAGCUAUGUUCUCUGCAGAUCCCAAGAAACCAAUCGGUGGCAACAUUCUGGCUCACGCCUCCACUACACGUCUGUACCUGAGGAAAGGCCGAGGAGAGACGAGGAUCUGUAAAAUCUACGACUCCCCCUGCCUGCCAGAGGCUGAGGCCAUGUUCGCCAUUAACGCUGACGGUGUGGGUGAUGCUAAGGACUGAGUGAGCAGAGAGGCAGGAAGCAGCGGGGUGGUGCUAAACGUUUAUGUCAUACCUGCUGACUCAACCCUCGGACUCCAGUGCUGUAUGUGCCGUCUUCACCCCUAUUACUGCUUCCACUCAAGCCUUGGACUUAUGGUUCACACAGACAUGUAGGUCAUGCGUUAUGUGAUGUGGAUUGAUGCUGAUGGAACCAGAGUUGAGGAGAUGGUCCAGGCUGCAGAUCUGGCCUUCUGGAGCUCAACAGCAAGGUAGAGAGUUACAUUUUCUGAUUGACAGGGAAGCACAUUGCACUCACCAAAGGAGAAAAAAUCUGCAAUUAUGACUUUAAUAUCUCAUAAUUAUGAGAUCAGUUAUGUUAUUAUGAGAUCUUUAUCUCAUAAUUAUUACUUAGUAUGUCAUGAUUACAAAAAGUGCUCAUAAGAUCUUUAUUAUGUAAUUAUGAGAUCCAAAACUCUCAUAACAUGAUCUUUACUGCAAAAAAACAUU